UCAAAAUGGCGGACGAUGAUCCAAAUAUUUCGGUGGAGUUUGUAGAGAAUAUAGCGAUUUUAACCAUGAACAAUGGUGAGAAUCGUAUCAGUAAUAAGUUUUUAAAAGGAUUCAAUGAUGCCCUCGACAAAGUUGAAAGCAAUGAAGACAUCCAGGCUAUAAUCACAACAGGCACUGGGAGGUUCUACAGCAAUGGGUUAAACCUGAACUGGCUUGGGUCCCUGAGAGAGCAAUGGGGAGAUGAUGAGUACAAGAAGUUCUUCGAAAAUCUGCACAAGCUAUUCCUACGUAUCUUGUCAUUCCCAAUGCCAACCAUUGCAGCUAUAAAUGGACACUGUUAUGCAGCUGGAGCUAUGAUAUCCCUUGGGCAUGACUACAGGGUGUUCAAUAGUCAAAGAGGAUGGUUCUGCAUCAAUGAGGUUCACAUGAACUUAAGAGUUAAUUCAUUCAUGAGAAUAUACUUGAAAACAUUGAUUCCCAAAGGACGUGUCUACCGAGAAAUGCUUGGCUUUGGACGUCGCUACACAGGACCAGAGUUAUUGCAAGAUAAUAUGGUUGAAGCUAUUGCCGAACCAAAAGACUUAAUUGAAACCGCUAAAAAUGUGGUCAUCAAACAUAUCCCUAAGGGUGGAUUUACUAGAGAGGCAAUGAAGAACAUGAAGUAUGAUAUGUUUGUACAAUUGUUUGAAUUUGCUGAGAGGCCACUGGACCUGAAUGCAAAGCUAUAAUAACUUUGGUUGCAGAUUAUAGUAUUGAAAAUAAAGAUUUGUGGAAUUUGUUUAUUGGAAAAUACAAUGGACUUGAUUUGUAUUUUGUAUUAUUCUUUUUAAUUAAUUUAUUUACAAGUUUUUACAUGCAGAAUUAAUGGAAUCUUAUAUAUGGAAAUUUCAU